UGGCACCAAAUAUGAAGAGACGAUGCUAAAAUUAAAGAAAAAUAUGCAUGGUUGGGCUAAAAAGAAAUUUAAGCUUGAGAAAAUUUUAUUUAGAGAUUACAGAGUAAUCAUGAAAGCUACAAACAAUCCUGUGUUGAUAACUGAAAGGUUUUAUGAAGUUCUUUGUCAUACUCAUGGUAAAGUAACACAGCAUAGUGGCCAAAAACAGACUUGGAAGUCGAUCUGUAAAAAAUGGGGAUAUGUAAAGCAAGAAGUUAUUGAACAGUUUGUUAACAAUUGCACAGCAUGUGCUGCAAGAAAACCGGCAUUCCACCCUUUAGCGGCAAAGCCAAUAAUUGCCAAGAAUUUUUUAUCACGUAUGCAGAUCACACAAAAAACACCCUAUGAACUAGUUUACGGAGACAAACCCCGUAGUAACUGUACUCUGGUCGAUGAACUAUAUGGUAAUAAUAUCUUUGACAAAGAGGAUGUACCAAAUACAGUAGAGAUCCCAAAUAAUGAAAUUGAUUUGGAUGAUGAUAUGACUGAUGUUUUACCUGAUAAUAAUGAUGAUCAGGAAAUAUUACCUAAUCAUUUUGGAUGUUUAGUGUCUUCGCCUACUUUAGUGUCUUCUCCCGGUUUGGUAUUUUCGCCUGGUCCAUCUUCACCUGGUCCAUCUUCGCCCAGUCCAUCUUCGCCUGGUCUAUCUUCACCUGGUCCAUCUUCAUUCUAUCUAUCUUCUUCUGGUCCUUCUUUGUCUGGUCUAUCUUUGUCUGGCCCAUUUUCACCUAGUCCUUCUUUGCCUGGUAAUCAAAGUUGUGCUCAAGUACUUUCGUUAAAUAAUCAAAGUUGUGGUCAAGUAUUUUCACCCGGUUGUGAUAGUUCAGUGUCUUUGCUUUCUUCGUUCAGUAAUAAAUGUUGUGGUCAAGUGCUUUCACCUAGUAAUUAUGAUUGUGGUCAAAUACUUUCGCCCGGUAAUCAAAAUUGCGGUCAAACACUUUCUUCUGGUUGUGCUAGUUCAGUAAUAUCACUCUCUUCAUCUGGUAAUCAAAGUUGUGGUCAAAAAGUGCUUUCGCCCAAUAAUCAAGGUUGUGCUCAAAUGUUUUCACCUAGUAAUCAAGGUUGUGGUCAACUGCUUUUGUCUGGUAAUAAAGGUUAUGGUCAAAUGCUUUCACCCGGUAAUCAAGGUUGUGGUCAAAUGCUUUUACCUGGUAAUCAAGGUUGUGGUCAAGUGCUUUUGCCCGGUAAUCAAGGUUGUGGUCAAAUGCUUUCACCCAGUAAUCAAGAUUGUGGUCAAACACUUUCUUCUGUGACUUCGUUUUCUUCGCCUGGUAAUCAAAAUUGUAGUCAAGUGUUUUCAUUCAGCAAUCAAGGUUGUGGCCAAGUGUUCUUGCCUAGUAUUCAAGGUAGUAGUCAAGUAUUUUCACCUG